CCUCGCCGUGCUGUGAGUAGGGGCCGCCCCACAGACCCCUGCAGCUCCCCCUCCUCAGCUCCCUAUUGCUGCAAAGCCCACGGGGGACACCCGGGGGACUCCCUGGCAGGAGACAGGGUGGGCUGGGGGCCCGCGCUCAGCACGAGGGGGACGCCAGGCUGGGUACCCUGGGCCUUCUCCAGGCAAAGCCCGCUUCCAGCUCAGCAGCCGAAUGGGCAGGGAAAUGGGUUUUCCCGAGGGGGAGCGGUGUCUUUCCUUUCUUUGCAGAGAUUUCACUGGCAACUCCAUUGCUGAGAUUGGAAAACGAGCCUGGAAGAACUACCCGUGGGCUGAGACCUUAGUGCUCAGGGACAAUGAGCUGCGGGCAGUGAAGAGCCAUUCCCUGCAGGGGCUGUUCCUGCUGAAGCACCUGGAUUUGUCUGGCAAUGAGAUCGUGUCCAUUGAGGAACGUGCUUUCGAGCCACUGCCUUUCCUGAAGCUUCUAAACCUCUCCGGGAAUGGCCUCACGCAGAUCCGCAGCGGCACUUUCCAGGCCUGGCACGGGAUGCAGUUUCUCCAGGAGCUCAUCCUCAGCCAUAACCCGCUGGCUGUCAUUGCUGACGCUGCGUUCUUCAAGCUGCCUGCAGUGAGCUCUCUAGACCUGAGUGCCACCCAAGUGACUCCGCAGACGCUGCUGCUGUUCCUGCAGAGCACAGUGAGCUUGGAAAGCCUCCAAGUGCCCAAGGAUGUGGCCUGCUGCCUGUGCCAGGAGCGUCCCCUCGCCGAGAGCCCGUGCAGGACCAUCCAGUUCCUCUGCGAGAAGCUGUGCAGCACCAGCGCCCCGCAGUGCGCUCACACAGCUCGUCUGCUUCAGACACGGGGAGAAAUAAUGGACACGCAACUGCCCAGAGAGCUGAACACCAGCCCAGUGUUGAGCCUCAAGCCCAAGGAGCCUUCCCUGGGAGAUCAUGGAACCGUAACAUUUGCGGUUGCCCUGACCCUGAGCACUGAGGGUGAUGUCAGCAGCCUGGCCAAUUCCAGAACAAAUUCACAUCCCCCUCAGCACCUCUCAGGGCAUGAAGGCAAAACAAGCGUUGAUGACCUGAGAGCCAAGCUCGAGAAGAAGGUGGACAAGGCUGAAAGCAUCAAGAUUGUUAAAAGCAUUGUCCCACACCAGCCCCAGCCCGCCAGGCUGAAGGAUGUGGAGGAAAAGACACCCUCAAGCUGGCAUCACAAGCAGCAGGACUCCCGUUUGAACUGGCAAGCAUUAAACCCCUGGGAUGUAGCUGGUGGGUUAAACCCCAGUGACGAUGCCUCUAUCGCUGGACACCACAGAGAUGAGCAGCAAGAUCCAGCUCCAAGGCAGAACUUCAUUAUGACUCACAAUCAGCAGCAGGACAGCCAGUACUGGGUUGGACAUAAUCAGCUUUUCUACCAGGUCAUGGGCCCUAUGAAAGCAGUGGGAGAGCCCAAAGUCGACCAGCGUCUAAACAGGAACCUGGAUUUUCUCUCUGACCCGUUGGUUCAGAGCCGCCCCGCUGCGAGCAGCAGGGGAGAGGCCACGGCUGAAGAGGGGCAGUCCUCUCUGGGCGGGCACCUCCUGAUCAUCCCUGACUCCACAGAGACACACUGGAAGCAACAGGAAGAAGGCUCCAGGUUCCUCAAUAAACCUGGGAGCCCCCAAGGCCCAGACCUUGCGCUGGUUCCAGGAGAGCGCUUGGAAACCACGGUCGAUCGUUUCCUGCGCUUGCUGGUGCCGGACAAAGGCCUGCGGACGUUCAUGGCCCAUGUGGAGCGAGCCCUGAGGACGGACUGCAGCCUGCCCCAGCUCCAGCUGGCCUGUGCCAAGAUGGUCUCAAAGACUGGGCUGCUUCUAAAGGUGCUCAGUGAGAGGCAAGAGAACCAGGGAGCCUCUGAAUGCAAGGGCCAGUGUCCCCUGCAAGACCUGUCCAGACGCAUGGCCCUGGGGGAGGGCAAGGAAGCCACAGGGAAGAAGGCAGAGCAGACAGGGGAAAUGAUCAUGUUUGUGGUUUUGUGUUCUGUCUUCAUUAUCAUUGCUGUGAUGCUGAAGACUGUCUUCCACGUGUGUUCCCAAUGUGCUGCAGUUCUUUGCCGACAGCUACUCAGCAGGAAAUCGUGGCUGAGAAGGUUGUCUGUAAAACUGCAACAGAGAUGGAGGAAGAAGAAGUACAGGGAGGCAGAGCAUGCAGAGCAGGUGAGGGCAGGGAGCAGGUGCCAGUGCUGCUCCUCUGCCUGCACCACCUGCUCUUCCUCACCUUUUCAAAUCCUUCUCUUCCAUGGCAAUUUCCAGGACUUGCCUGAGCUCACCGAAGCUGAUUUGCUGAUCGCUCAGUACAUCAUGGAUGUCCUUGAUAAAGAGGAAGAAGAAUUGCAGAAAGAGAUGCAGAAAGAGAACGCAGAUGUCUCCCAGGAAGAGAUAAAACGUGAAUCAUAAGAGUGAAAGGGAGAAGACUUUCUAGAAGGUGGAGAAGAAAGUAAGAUGCCAACACUUGUACUCCAGCUCCUACUCUGACACAAGAACUGCUAGCGUUUCCUUAAGCUACUUCCAUCCACAAUAACUGCAGGGAAAGAACAUCUGAGGAAAUAGAGGCAAGGAAAGAGUAAAAGAAAUAGCAGUAAUUUGUGGUGAUGCGAGGUUUUUAUUGUAUUUUCAUAUGUUUUCUGUACCCCAGUGGUUCAUCCCUACCUUCCCCACUCCUACUACUGGUUGAUUUGCCCCAGACCCAAGCCGCUCCCCCGGUGCUCCCUAUAUGGUUGUUCUCCUCCCCUUGUUCCGGCUCUCUCCCUAUCAAUCACCCAAACCCCUCCUGUUGUUCCCGAAGGUUCGGUGUCCAUCACCUGAGCCCUCCCUAAUUACCCUUAUAUGGCCCCUGUCAGUCCCCCGAGGUCCUGCCCCCUCAGAUACCUCCCCUCUUGGAAAUCCCCUAAACCUCGACGCCCCAUUGGGGCAUGUGACCCUUCUCCCUCCAUCCACCAAGACCCUUGGACCAGAUGUGAGUCCAUCCCUUCAGCGUCCCUCCCUCCUAAUCCACUUAUUGGUCCCCAGUUGGUGUACUCCCCCUGUUCACCCCCCCAUUGUAAGGCAUGGGCGCGUUGCAGGCGGGGCUCGUCCUCUGUGGAUACUCUCCAAUAAAGUUGGAUUAGCCCCCGGGGCAACCCUCCUCGCUACUUUUUAUCUCUCCCCUCAUCGGGGGCUGCUGGCUGCUACAGUGCCUGGAGCCGGUGCUCCGCAGGGUAGAGCAGAGGCUUCAGAGGAGCAGCUUUAAAGCUCUAAAGCUCCGUGCCUCCGGCUGCUCCCCACUCCUGCCACACACCGCUGGAGCUAGCCUGGGCAGUAGAGAGCAGCGGUCAAUGUGACAGUAAUUAAUAAACAAAUAGUAAAUAAAAUAAUAAAUAAAAUAGCCAAGGGAACAGCCUCCAAGGCAAGAACUAGGAUCCAAGGAAAUAGAUAAGGAAACAGCAUUCAAGGGACUGCCCACGUGGACUGCAGCCUGCCCCAGCUCCAGCUGGCCUGUGCCAAGAUGGUCUCAAAGACUGGGCUGCUUCUAAAGGUGCUCAGUGAGAGGCAAGAGAACCAGGGAGCCUCUGAAUGCAAGGGCCAGUGUCCCCUGCAAGACCUGUCCAGACGCAUGGCCCUGGGGGAGGGCAAGGAAGCCACAGGGAAGGUAGGAGAGCUGCUGGGCACUGCUGUGUGUGUCCUUCUGGGCAAGAGAGAAUGGAAGGAGCAAUCAUCUUGCCACCCAUCAUCUUCUUUCCUUCUCUCCAAACAGAAGCUAGAGGCUGUGGUGUACGUGGUCACGUUUUUGGUCCCGCUGGGUUUCUUCGUCUUUGUUUUGCUGAUUCUGAAGUGCGUCUCCAAUAUGCGCUUCCUGUCUCAUGAAGCUGGUUCCCAACCCCGCCACACCAGGACUCUCUGCCUGAGAAGGUGCGGUGUAAAACUGCCAUGGAAAGGGAAGAAGGAGUGCAAGGAGGCACAGGAUGUAGAGCAGAAAAGGGCACGGAGCUCCUCCCAGUGUCACCCAUCUGCCCAGACUGCCUGCUCAUCCUCACCUUUCAGAGUCCUUCCCUUCCUCAGCACGUUCAAGUGCUUUUCACUGUUCAGAAAACCUGAAUUGGCAUUGGUUCAAUUCAUCCCGGAUUCCUCUGAAGCUGACAGAAAAGCAAUCCAGGAAGAGACAUAAUGUGAAGAACCUGCAUGACUGGAAGAGGUUCAAGAGGUUGAAGAAGUUAAUGGGAUUCCAACAACACUUCGCCUCUUGUUCUACUAUAGGAACUGCUGAGGCUCUCCUUGGAUGCUGUUUGAUUCGCUGUUGUUAUUUCCUUGGACGCUUUUUCCUUGACUGUUAUUUUCCUUCUGUCACUGCUGAGGGAAGGCCAGAGGGUGCUGUGGGUGCUCGGGACACCCAGAGGAGACAUCAGUACCUCAGGGUUCUCCUCAUCCCUUGUGGCAACGUUUCCCCCUGCGUUCAAUAAAAAUUAAGAUUGUUCUUGUUC